GGUGGAUCCACGAAGACUGGAGACUCCAAGUACCGGGUGUGGUUCUGGCACGCAGACUCCGACCGACCUCAGAAACAGAGUGAAGAGGACCAGUGGAGAGCUCCCGCCCAGGUGGAGAAGGAUGACGGCAGAGGAUGGGAUUUCCCUGUCACUGGCGAGGUUCACCAGCACACGUCCGACGAAGCCGAAGAAGCAGAGAACGAAGAUGAAGAGGAGACCACGACCGGAAGUACUGCCACCCGAUGGACACUAGCACCAGCACUGGGUCCAGCACCAGCACCAGGACCAGCACCAGGACCAGCACUAAGACUAGCACCAAGACUAGCACCAAAGGCACCACCACCAGCACCAGUAACAAACCGUCCACCCAGGGCUCUACUGACGGGGCCCGCGCCUCCGAGAGUGAUGACGUCACUACCGGUGCAUGGAAGUGGGGCUUGGGCUGGGCUCACAUCAAACCCUGGUGGCUGAAGGAUGAACAGGACAAGAAGCCGACAAUGAAGCCAAGAAGGUGGACUCCUCGCCCAACUAGCCCACCUGUGCUCGAUGACCAGGGAAAGGUGGGACUGAGCAGCAAGUGGGUGAGAGGAGGACGUUUGAUGGAGUUAGAGGAGCUAGCUGAUAAUACAAACAAUGUGGAGAGCAGGCCCGCCGACAUCACAGGAGGAAAUAAUCCGAUCAUGGUGGACAUCAGCAAACAAGAGUUCUUCUGCUGGGACUGCUACAGCGACAGCCCGCUGUGUGGCGACAAGGUGGACACGGUGAAGGCGGCCUACCUGGGCAAGUCCGCGUGCUCCGAGACCAACAAGUGCUUCGUCAGGAACGACGGGGGAGUUAUUUACCGAGGGUGUGCCGAUGGCUGGAUGAACAGUGUCAUCAACACCGGGUACGUAGGCUGCCGGGUGCAACAGAUGUGGGGUCGGACGGUCGAGUGGUGCUUCUGUACUGCGUCUCUCUGCAACGGCGACUCCAUGCAACAAAUACAAGAAAAAUACCUGGCAAGGAUGGAGCCUUUCAAAGGAGAAAAUGCUCUAUCUGCUGCUGCUGCAGCUGCUGCAGCUGCAGGGUAUUUACCUCAGUCCAUAAUGGCGGCUAGAGACCAUCCAGUGAGCAGAAGUUCUGUGUCUCAACUGUCUCCGUUCGCCCUUCAAAGUCAGAAGACAACCACCCGACAAACUCGUUCAACAGAAAGAGUGGACAGUAGCCAUUACACCGACUCAACAGUCGGACAACACACAACCAUCCAGGUCCAGUCAACAGACAGAGAAAACACCACCCGCUUCAACCGCUCAACAGAACCAGAGGAUGCUACCCGUCUGGCUCGGUCAACAGACCAAGAGGUCACCACCCGCCAGGUUCUCUCAACAGGGAGAGAGGACACCACCCUCAGCUUCCACGUGGACAAGGAGACAGAGAUGCUGCACGAGACAAACACCACAGCGGCUGUGAGAGGAGAAAGCGGCAUCAGCACCAGCAUCAUCACCACCACCAACUCCACCAACACCAACAAUUCCACAGUUUCUACGACAGCACCAGAGCAUUGGCUGGCGACAUCGACCGGCAACAGUUCGACGGAGAGCACGAGGUUGGAGAAGAGUUUGAAUGACGGUUAUGAAAAGAAAGAUGACUUAAAGGCUUUGCUGUGAAUCACCAAACUAUCCUCUCCAUCUUGCCUCCUCGGUAUCGGACUAGCGAUCUUAAUGGAGGAAGUGAGGCAGUUGGAACGCUGGGAUGGUAACGAUGAUUGAAAAGGAAAGUCCUUCGAUGGAGUUGCAGUUGAAAGCUUAAUUUAUUCCCAUAGUUUGGUUUUAAAAAUGCAUUUAUGAAAGUAAAGGUAUUAUUAUUAUUAUUAUUAUUAUUAUUAUUAUUAUUAUUAUUAUUAUUAUUAUUAUUAUUAUUAUUAUUUUAUUAUUAUUGCUAGUAUUAAACUGUUCUUAGUUUAUAGGUCUCAAAUUCUGUAAGGUUAUAGCAAGUGAAUUCUCCUUGCCUGUGUGUUGGCUUAUUUUAUUUUCCUACCUCUGUGAAGUUUAUUGUGAAGAGUCAUCGUGUAGAAGAUGACAUAAGGUGUAAGAAGAAUGCAUAUCUCUCUCUCUCUCACACACACACACCGAUAACACAUACACACACAAUACCCACUCACAAGCUCGUGCGCCUUCUCUGAAAGAGACAUAUGAUAGGCACAAACAAACCUCCAAACACACAGACACACACACGCACCUUAGCUGACAAUAAGAGACUUUGUAUGGCAGACGUGAGCACCUCCUACUGAUAGUACCUAUUAAUGUAGUCCUCCUCGUGUAGGACUGAAAUGAAUUAUUCUGUUGCCUUAACGCUGUAACGAUUCCACUUUCGUUCCCAUUUCGCUCCACCCACUUCCCCAUUCUCACCUGCUUACUUCAAACUAGCCAGGCUACCCGAUAUCUCCCGGGUGACUGUCAACGUGCAGACCACUUGAGGCGAGCAGAUUCAAGCUGAUUUAAUGUAGAAGGCUUUUAGACAAGGGGGGAGAUAACGGUUGCCGACAACCGACAGGCUCACCCCUCCUGUCUCUCAACGCAUUCACAUUUUAAUUAUCGCUCUAAAACUUUAUUAGUAUUAUUGUUAUCAUUAUUGUUAUUGUACUAUGUUGAUAUAAUAUUUCCAGGAUGGGUGGGGGGAUUGAAAAUAUUGUCCUAUUUGUCCUUAUCUAGGGGAGGAGAAAAUGUGUUGGUGUUCCUCCCUGUUUGCCGAAUGUCUAGGAAAGCUCUAGUGUUGACUGUUGUAUGGCCAGUGUACAGUGACACGUGUGUAUAUAUAAAUACCUGUACUGUAUAUACAGUAAUAAAUUAUUUCUGAA